AUGGUAUCGGCGCACUGUCCACAAACCGACGCCAACGGUGAUUCAACCAAAGCAGCUCCAGCUUCAGGAGCGAGCCCCCUUCAAACUUUUGAUAUUCCCUCUGGGGAUACGCCCCCAACCCUCGCUAAAAUCCCUCCUUUUACCACGUCAAAGUUGGACGACCCACCACCGCCGCCGCCUUCGGCACCGGACACCCCCAUUCAUCCAGGUCAGUCUCCCCCGAAACCCGAUGUCCAGGUCCCCGGGUACGCGUCUGAAGUCCACGCCUACCAGAGUCAGCGGCUACAACGCGGUCUUCAACAGGAGGGACAGUUUGGAACUGAUCUAAAGAAGGACACCGAAGCCCUGCAUAAUCACCCCUUGUUCCCGCUGCUCGCCUUGAUAUUCGAGAAGUGCCAGCUUGCCACGUGCACGCCUAGAGAUGGCAGUCGCGGCGGCGCAAUGGAUAUCUCCUCCUCCGACUCAUUUCAAGAGGAUAUUGCCGUCUUCACAAAAGAGGUUUGUUCCUGCCUCCUCCCUCCCUCCCACCCGCCCUGA